AUGUGGGCAGCUUCAUGCCUGGCUUCCUGCUGCGCGGCCUGCGCCUGCGAUGCUUGCCGGACGGUGGUGUCGGGAAUAAGCCGGCGUUCGGCCCGUAUCGCGUACUGUGGCCUGUUUGCGCUUUCGCUGAUCGUCUCCUGGAUCCUUCGUGAGGUUGCCGCACCCCUCAUGGAGAAGAUUCCCUGGAUCAAUCAUUUUCACCAAACUCCAGAUAGGGAGUGGUUUGAAACGGAUGCAGUGUUACGAGUGAGCUUGGGGAAUUUCCUCUUCUUCACACUACUUGCCAUCUUCAUGAUUGGAGUAAAGAACCAGAAGGAUCCUCGUGAUGGUGUGCACCAUGGAGGUUGGAUGAUGAAAGUUAUUUGCUGGUUCAUUUUGGUGAUACUGAUGUUCUUUGUUCCAAAUGGCAUCAUCAGUUUUUACGAGACAACAUCCAAGUUCGGCUCAGGAUUGUUCCUUCUUGUUCAAGUUGUGCUUCUGUUGGAUUUUGUUCAUGGAUGGAAUGACAAGUGGGUUGGAUACGACGAGCAGUUUUGGUACAUGGCUUUGCUUGUUGUUUCACUUGUGUGUUAUGUGGCAACCUUUUCAUUCUCAGGACUUCUCUUCUAUCUCUUUACCCCUUCGGGACAUGAUUGUGGCCUCAACACUUUCUUCAUUGUGAUGACUUUGAUUCUUGUGUUUGUGUUUGCUGUUGCCACACUGCAUCCAUCAGUGGGCGGCAGUAUUUUGCCGGCUUCCGUUAUAUCACUCUCACCCCGUGCAGGUUCUGGAAAGCCUCUACUGCCAAUGGACAAGGCGGACGAGCACCGUGAGGAGGAAGAGAAGUCGAAGCCCGUUACAUAUUCAUAUUCCUUUUUCCACCUAAUCUUCUCUCUGGCCAGCAUGUACUCUGCCAUGCUUCUUACCGGUUGGUCGACCUCUGUGGGGGAGAGCGGGAAAUUGGUGGAUGUUGGCUGGCCGUCUGUGUGGGUCCGCAUCGUCACUGGUUGGGCAACGGCUGCUUUGUUCAUAUGGUCUCUUGUAGCGCCGAUUUUGUUUCCCGAUAGGGAAUUCUGA